CCCGGUUCAUAGGUCAACACUUAACCACUGAGCCACGCUGGCCGGGUGGAAUGUAUUUUGUAAUGUUAAAGAUGCCAAUAAACAAACAAAAAAGCUUUCAUCUGUACAUCACUAAAGUCUCCAAGAUCCUUUCACAGCGAACAGCUAGGUAGAUCUUUUUCCCGAUGGGAGAGAAGGAGGGAUGUCACUUUCGUUUCUGAAAAGCCUGGUCAGGACAUAGGAUGAAUCAGAGGCAAGAGUGCAGCUUGAGCCUGAGCCACAUGCCUUCCACUGCACCACUCACUCUGUCAGCUGCCACCGUCCCUGCCAGGUUCACACCCAUGUCUUCUCUGACUUCCCCUGUUCAUAAUGGCCCUAGGCUUCCCUUCACGCUUUACUCCCAUUCCCCCUCCCCCUCCAUCCCACGGAUGGACUCCGCUUUCCUCUUAUGGCCACAGGACGAUCAGUAAGGGAAAAGGGCUUGCAAAAGGUCUGGGGAGCCUCCCUUCUUGUCCUCUGAAUGUUUCCGUCAUGUCCUUGCCUGUUCCUGUAUCCAGGCUGCACACUCUAUGUAGAGCUGAUUCCUGGGUCCAGCUUUGGGUUCUGCUUUGCUCUUUUAAAGGCGGCGGCACCGAAGAGCAUCCCAGAAGCUGGUCGGGAGCUGGCAGAGCUGGUGGAACGGCUUGUAGACAUCGUCAGGAGCCUUCAGAAGCAGAGGCAGCUCCCAGAAUCUGGGCCGGAGAACAAACUGAACGUCCUGGGCAUGGCUUUUUCUGGUGGGGUGGACCAUUCCUUGAUUUCUCCAAAGCUAGCGACUUCCAACACAGCUGAGGACAAAAUGAGAGACAUUCUACAUGACCUAGAAGACAUCCGGAGGAAAUUGCAAGAAAACUUCACGGGGAAAGAGCCGCCUAAAGAACAAAGGCAGGUUAAACUCCCAGAAGGUCUGUCUUCUUCCUCAUGCCCACAGACUUACCAGAGCGUUCUUGCAUCCAGGUUUGUUCAAUGGGCUGUCAGUCCAACCUUUGACCCGAGGAGCCUGCCCGUUAGCCUGGAGCUGUCGGAGGACCGCAGGAAGGUGACUGUAACUCCCGUCCCACAGAUUUAUGUCUGGAGUCACACCAGGUUUACAAUCUGCCAGGUCUUAUGCUCCCAAGCCUUCUCUUCUGGGCAGCAGUACUGGGAAGUGGACACUCAGCAGUGCAGUCACUGGGCGAUUGGCGUGGCUUCCUGGGGGAUGAGCCGCAACAAGAUGCUGGGAAGGACCAGGGACUCCUGGUGCGUGGAGUGGAAGGGAACCAGCCAGCUCUCGAUGUGGCACAUGGCCAAGGAAACUGUCCUCGGCUCAGAAAAACCUAGGGUGGUGGGCACGUGGCUGGACCUCGAGCGGGGGAAGCUUGCCUUCUAUUCAGUGGCUAAUCAGGAGAAACUUCUGGGCGAGUGCCCAGUCUCCGCCUCCUCGCCCCUGCACCCUGCCUUCUGGCUCUAUGGUGUACUUCCCGGAAACUCUCUGACUAUAAGGCAGGUAAAGGUAUAAAGGUUAAAACACCUUGGUUUCCUGUCCUCUUUCUCUGCCUUCAAGAAUCCCACUCCUGAAGUUAAGGGGUGUGCAGUGAAGGGUUAACUCUGCACUGUCCAAAGAAAGAAAGGCCCUGGAACGUAAUCUCUAAUCCUUUGGAAUAUCCUGCCUGAUAAGAGUGUCUUCGUUCACCUGGGGGCCUUCGGCCGGGAGGUGUCAUCAACUUGACCUUGGGAGAGGCUGGAGACUAAGGUCAGCCACCUGGUUGGUGAGGCCUGUCUACCUGACUGACCUCCACUGAAAGACCUGGAUGCCAAGGCUUGCGUGACUUUCCCUGGUUGACAAUACUCCUUGCACAUUGUCACACAUCGUUGCUGGGAGAAUUAAGAAUUGUCCAUAUGACUCCACUGGGAGAGGAUAAUUGGUGUCUCCUGGCUGCUGCCCUAUGUGCCUUCUUUUUACUGCUGAUUUUAAUCUGUAUCUUUUCACUGUGUAAACUGUAUAACAGUUCUGCUGAGUUCUGACAAUCCUAGUGAAUCACUGAACCUGA